AUGCGGUCCGUGGACGAGGAGGUCGAGGACGUCAUCGGCCGCCUGAAGGCUGCCGUCGGCGUCUCGCUCUUCGACGCGUCCGCGGCGCGCGGCGGACCCUCGCUCUUCGACCGCGCAUACGAUGCGGACGUUCCGCGCGGCACGGUGGACGACGACUGGGACCCGGUCCCGAGCCCGAGGCGACGCGACGAGAACGACGAGUCCGGCGACGAAGGCGUCGACGACGACGCGAACGCCACCGCGAAUUACCUGCACAGGAGCGCGACGGACGACGAGGUUCGCGGCAUCCUCGCCAACCUGUACAGAGUCGCCACCACCGGCGGGCCCAUCCCCGAGGAUCUGAAAGAGCCCUCGUGGGACGACCGCGAGCUUCCCCGCUGGGAUCCCGCGACGCGCGCGAAGUGGGACCCGAGGGCGACGAAGCCGUACGUGAUGGAGGGCGUCAUGCCCCCGUGGCACGCCAAGUCCUACUACAAAGUCGUCGCGGCGGUACCCGAGGGCGCCGUGCGCGCGUCCACGUCGGAGAGAGCCGCGGAGGUGAUACGACGGGGCGCCGGCGACAAGUCACGCGGCGACGUAGCCACCACAGCUGGCGUCGAGUACGUGUCCGUCUACGACGGCGUCACCAGGUACCGCCCGGGCGUGACGGUGUGUCACCCGGCAAAGGAGACGCAUAAAGGCGGGUUAUACGUCGCGGAGACGAUCGAGGGAUGCCUGAGAAGGGACGCGGAGAUGUUCCCGACGGCGUCCGCAAUGCUCACGGCGCCGAGAGCCAUCGCCCGCGUCAGGUGCUGGAAUCCGGACAGGCUCGAGGAACCGGUGAGGUACGGGGGCAAGCUCGCGUUCACGUGCUGCCACGUGGAGGAGAUCUUACCGUACCCAACCACGUGGGGCGCGGGGAUCAAGGGCGCGGGGACGUCGACGUGGUCGGCGGCGUUGCACGGCGGUCCGACUCCGAGCGGGACCCGCACCGAGUGGGACGAAAACGACGAAAACGCCCCCGCCGUCCGACUCGACGCCGACUCGUCGCCGUUGAAGUCGUCGUCGUCCGGGUUCCGGUACUCGGUGUUCUCCCCGUCGAGACCGCGGCGAGCGGCGAGGCAGGGCUACGACGACGUCGCGCUGGACGAGGCCGCGGGUGGGAUGUUUCGCGGGAUGACUCGCGCCUCGACCGGGACGCCCGGGGGUUUGCGGGGCGUGGCGAGAAGGUCGACGGAGGCGAGAAGGUCGACGGAGGCGAGAAGGUCGACGGAGGCUAAUAGGUCGGGUUUGGGCGAGCUCGUGGACGACGAGGCUGCCGCCAUCGUCGCGGAGCUGGAGGCGAGGGCCGUGGCGGGGGUGCAGGCGGGGGGCAGACGGAGGGAGGCGGAACGGGUCGGCGCGGGGGGUAAGGUUGCCGAGGCUGAGACGAAGGGCGCGGAGCGGUUGCUCCGGGCGCAGGCGAAGACGGUGGCUUUGGAGGAGGAGGUGAGGGCGAUGGAACGGCGACUCGACCGAGCGAGGUACGGCGCGUAG